UCCAAGGCGGGGUUUGACGGGUGGUUACAAAAAAACAUAACAGCACAUUCGGUUUUGGUCCGACUCCGACACACUCAUACGCACCUGCGAAAUACUACGACAGCUUUCAUUAUCGUCGAAUCCCGCCUCACGUCCAUCUGAUUAGUUUUCGUCGUCAGUUUAUUUAUGGCGUGAUAUCAAAACGUUGUUAGGUUUGGGGGCGUGUCUAAGAGAGAACACAUUUCGUUUCCAUAUCCUAUUCAGUAACGUUAGUAGUUUUAAUCAGAAUAGUUUAGCCUUCGUGAUUUAGUAGUCGUUUAGUUGUGUCUCCGACGCUCGUCUCUGGCCCAUUUAGUACGUAAUUCAAGCGACAUUUGCAACAUGUAGGUAAAUGCGCGAGCUUUUCUCUCGUCGCGAGGGUUUCAGCAGCAGCGCGAGCUUUCAUUUCCCCUUUCGUCUGUCUUUCUAAAGCUGUACGGGCCCGUUUUAUCCUAUGACAUCCCGAAACAUGGAGCACACGGGCUGCGUCAACAUCUGCAGUCUCACCAGCACCUUACCGGUGAUUCCGUAUAGGAAACUAACGGACCUGCACUACAUCAGUAAGGGAGGCUUUGGGACUGUGUUCAGGGCGCAGCACAGUGACUGGCGCACAACAGUAGCGAUUAAGUGUUUAAAACUGGAUUCACCGGUUGGUGAGAGAGAAAGGAAUUGUUUACUAAAAGAGGCGGAGGUGCUUCACAAAGCUCGAUUCAACCACAUCAUUCAGAUCUUUGGGGUGUGCAAUGAACCCGAGUUCUUCUGCAUUGUGACAGAGUUCAUGACCAAUGGAUCUCUGGACGAACUACUGCAUGAGAAAGAUAUGUACCCAGUGGUGGCCUGGCCAUUGAGGCUUCGAAUUCUUUACGAGAUAGCUCUAGGGGUCAACUUCCUCCACAAUAUGAGCCCACCUCUUCUACACCAUGACCUCAAAACUCAGAAAAUUCUGCUGGAUGGGGAGUACCAUGUCAAGAUAGCUGAUUUUGGCUUGUCUAAAUGGCGUCAGCUGUCUAUCACUAAAGGCUCUGGCUCCAAACCUGCUGAAAUGGGGGGCACUGUCAUCUACAUGCCACCUGAGGAGUAUGAACCUUCCAAGAACCGCAGGGCUGAUGUCAAAUAUGACAUGUACAGUUACGCCAUCAUCAUGUGGGAAGUGCUUUCAAGACGGAUACCAUAUGAAGAUGCCACCAAUCCCAUGCAGAUCAUGUUCAGCGUUCUCCGAGGGUCUCGACCCGACACGGGCCCAGACAGUCUUCCCACAGACAUUCCCAGCAGAGAAACCCUCAUAAACAUCAUGACCUGCGGCUGGACCACCAACCCAGAAGAGCGUCCCUCCUUUCUUCAUUGUCUUAUCGAACUGGAGCCGAUGUUGAGAAAGUUUGAUGAGAUUGAUGUCCUAGAAGCAGUACUGGAAGUCAAACGGUCAAAAUAUAUGAGGCCAUCAAGCUGCUGCUCAUCAUCUCAAACAAAUGGAAAACAAACCCAGGAAAAGACUAUGAAGGUCAACUGUUCCAUGUCUGGAUCAGGUUCCUGCUCUUCCCAGGAAGCAGAAAUAUCCCAUCCAGGAUUCCUUACCAUAUCAAAUAUACCACCUUCUCAAGGUCUUCCGUCAUCAUUAGUGUCCAUUCCACUGGAUUCUCCAAAGCCUCUAGUGGACCACUGCUCUCGUAACAACCUCAGUCCUGAAUAUCAGACGGCCCAGCCCGUAUCCGACUUCAACAUACCCCUGGAAACACAUUCACCCCAGUGUGAGAGCGAUCUGGCCCCAGCCAUACAACCCCUCACCCUACAGCCACAACCGCAAGAUUUCACCCCAGGAUUUGACCCCCAGGGUCCCGCAACCCGCUGGAUCGCAUCCCGACGGGAGGACAUUGUUCAGCAGAUGACGGAGGCGUGUCUCAACCAGAGCUUAGAAGCUCUGCUGGCUCGCGAGCUGCUGAUGCAUGAGGACUACGAACUGGUAGUGAACCUACCCACACGCACCGCAAAGGUACGCAAGCUUCUGGACACCUGCGACCGGCACAGCGAGGAGUUUUGUCGUGUGGUGGUGAGGAAACUUCUGGAUAACAGACAGAUGGGCCUAAAUCCCUAUCCUGACAUCAGUACCAUCAGCCCUCCACCACCAUAAACUGCUCCCACCGCCCCCUUCCUCUCCAACUCCUUUAACAUCAAUCGAAACGUCUUCUGACCUUCUUCGAACAGAAGAAAUGUGAGUCCUCCGUUUUGUUUCUAGGGUUCUGCUAAAGGACAGUUCUUGCUUUGUUACUGCUGCUUAGGUGGUAGUUUGUAUUCCUGGAAAAACGUGUUGGCCAGAUGAGCACUUUGUUGUGGAGUUUAGCAUGGCCCAUUUUGAAGAGAAAACAAACUCUAGCAGUGUUGAAGUUCCACAAAAUGGUGUUUAAACCUUUGUCGUCGUUUACACCCUCCCUGUCAGCACAUCAUUUUGUAACUCUUUUUGUUUGGCUGCCUUACCCACAUAACAAAUCCUCACAAUUGCACAGACAGGACGGGAUUUGGAAGUAGUGUGAAUCAGCUGUACGGUCUUCCUUUUUGUAAACCAGUGCUUUUGUUUUCCCACAUUGAAACUUGAGUGGGAUAAAUGCAGAGAUUGUUCAGUAGUUUGUAAUGUUGUACAUUUGUGCCAGUAGAGAUGACUCCAAAAACAUGCUGAAAAUGGGAUGAGACAUAGAACUAUCGAUCAGACUGUACUUGAGUCAAAUGAAAUAUGGUCUACCUUGACUAAGGUCCAUUCAAAUGCCAUUGGUUGUGCCAUAAUGCAUUAUGAAGUGCCAACUAGUUCACUAUUCCUUCUUUUCUGAGGCUUUUAUUUUGACAUUUGAAAUGCUAAUGUCGUAUUCUCUUUAUCACAGUUGUAAUCUGUCACAAUUCUUCUGCCCAGAUGAAGCACAGAAAGCUCCUUGCCAGACCGGGUUGACCUUUUUUGCUUUUUUGACUACUGUAGCAAUACUAGGUGCCACAAAUUAUAAAACUAUUGAUUUUGGACAAUGUUGGUAACCUUACAAUAUCGAUACCCAUUGACUGCACUAGAAGAGAAUGGGUAACGCCGCUGUUGGGUUACCAACAUUAUUCAAAAUAUCUCAUUUUGUGUUCUGCAGAAGAAAAAAGUCAUACAGGUUUUAAAUGAAAAGAAAGUGAGUUCAUUUUAGGGUAACUUUCACUUGAAGUUCUUGUCGUUCUCAAAGAUACACAUGACUUCCAUGUGUUUGACCUCAUCUGCCUAUCAAACCAUAUGCAGCCGUGCAUGUUAAAUGCCUUAGGCAAAUUCUGCUUUGAUAAAUUAAUUGUUGUGCCAUCCUGCGUAACAUCAGACAGGUUUACGCUUGUCAUCACCUGCUCCACAUGUAGCAGAAUAGACAGUUAAUAGCACUUUGAGCAUAGAGCAACUGUCAACAUCAGCUGGAUAGAUCUUAAAAAAGCUCCUACUGGCAAAAUGUUUAUUAAGGAAAUUAUGAACAAAUAGUAUCUAAGUCUUUGGAACUGAGUUACUUGUUUAGACCAGCAGAUUUUCUGUCUUGUUUGAAGAUAUUAUUUCUGACUCUUAAUUGUUUUAAUAUUAUAAACCAAAGGGAAUGCUUUAAAUUAACACAGACAGAACGCAAAUUUAUGAUGUCAUGAACUAAAUUUCUGACUUUAUUCUUCAUUGUUUUUUGGCCUACUGGGGUACUGAGUCAGUCAUGUGCUUGAUAAGUUUUGUGAUAACCCUAGUUCAUUGUUUGUUCAGUGUUGAGACUUGAAAUUCCUGUGACAGUGAUUUUGCAUGCUACUGUUAAUUUUCCCUUUGUGCAAACAAGCAUUAUACAAGCCAUUGCAGAAUUUCUUCUGAUGCAACGUCAGUAUUUUGAAGACGUUCCCUAGGUGGACUUCAUGUCGUGGAAUGUCCUGAAACUGGCUGCUCCAUUCAUGUUUCCUCUUCUAAGCUUUUAAGCUGUGCUUUGGGACUUUUGUUUUCAGUAGUCAUACGGAAGACUCACAAAUAAUGAUUUUAAAAAGAUGGUGUUUUAAGAUCUGUAGAUUUUUUGUGGGGUUGGGGACCAUUUACAAUAUCAAGAGUUAUGUUCGUUUUGUAUUUAUUUAUAUAGUCAUGUAUAACAUUAAGUGAUAAUUUCCAUGCAUUUUAAGUGGUUUGUGAUAAGUUGUUGCUGUGUCUUUUUUUAUUUUAGUAUCAGGCUUUAAAGUGCUGUGCCAAUCCAGUGAUGCUGCAUUGCUGAAUGCAUCUUUAGACUCACUCUGUUAUUCAGAUGCUAAAUAAACAGUGAGUGUCGGCACACAACUUAGCAAUACAAUAUGACGCCAAAUUCUGACUUGCCUAAACAGAAUGUAGGCUUGGAUACAGAAGACAUAGUUUAUUACAGUGUUCGUCACACUUUUACAUGCUAUGUAAUAUGUAACAUCACACUGGCUGUGGAUUUACAGUAAUUGAAAUGGCUGUGCUACUUAUUUCAACAUUCAUGUCUGCCUUUGAACUUUUAGAGUUUCUUAGAGUGUUGUCUUGCUGACAAAUAACAAAUAUAUAAUGACAAUAAUGUUAAGCUUAUGUAGCAGUGUACAAGUAGCAUCUGCGUUCUGUUACUGUGUGAUAAGGAACUUCCAAAAAUGGUCAAGUUUGAGGUGUUAUUAAAACGUGUAGUAUUUACU